AUGACGUUUCCUGUCGUCCAGACAGGGUCGAACCUCUUGAACCAAGCGUCAUUGCGGCUAGACCUCGACAAUCCAAAGCAGACUAUCGCACAGCUCAAAGCCAUCCGUAACUCGGUGAUUGGCUCCAGAACCAAGAAAUCGAAUCUAGUCCACACCGGCAUCGUUGAACAGCUAGUGCAGCUACUUCGCAUGGAUCUCAAUUCAACUACCUAUGCGUCCGAUCUCGUCAGUCUGUCAGCCACCAUCGUCGCUUCUCUCGCCAACACCCCGGCGCAGUCAACUCUGCUCCAGCUCAUGAGGUCUGGCACCAACGAUGCCCUGCUGUGCUGCCUGCGCAACUUGAGCCAAGAGUUGACUCGUUCCAACCGACACAUCCUCGACCAACAAGAUGGUGCCUUUGACGCCCUAAAACUUCUCGAGUCAACGCUCAGGGCGCUCCGCUCGAUCCUGCUGUCAGUAGCUGAUCAGCUCGCAGCAAGCCCCAGAUGGGGCAUCGGAUCGAGCUUCGGCACCAAAGCCGCCGCUUCGGGUGUUGCUCUCGCUCGCGUAGGCUCUGGUGCUGCCGCUUCUAAAAUCUUUGGUAAAAGCAGUCGAGACUCUUUCUCUGCUGGACCGGCUCCAGUGGAAGACAUCCUGAUGAGCAGCACAAGUCAGGACAAUCUUCGAGCAAAGGUAAAAGAACAGCUGGUCGAGACCGAAGCCGAACAGCAGCGCGAACUGCGUCGUCUAUCGAGACUUUUCCUUCACCAAGUCUAUGAUCCAUCCAAUCUGCCUUUCUUGCUUGGUCCUCUCUUUAUGUGCCCCGUGCCUGAGCAGCAAGGCUCAUCAGCUCUUUCAGCGUCUGCUCGACCCGGAAAGACUCCUUUGUCGACGCAAGCAGGUAGCGUCUCGAUGAGUGCAUCUGCGGGCAUCGCUUCUCCGCGCAUGGCAGAGGUGCACAGAUCUUCAGCGGCUUCGACGUUCGCCUCACCUUCGGGAUCUACGAUUGACGUCGAAUCCUUGCCAAUGACGAUCAAGACCAAGAUUCUCAGCGUGAUCGAGAUGAUCUGCGCCAUUCUAUCUGCAACCCUCUUCAUUCCUGGAUGCAGCACAGAUCGAGCAAGCGACGUGUCUAGGUCCUUGGCAGAACAAAUAUCGCAACGCCGCGAAAGAGUGCUGUCCUUCAUCGCAUCUGAGAGCCCUUUCGCACCCGGCUUUAAUCAUGAAACCUCAUCUCGUGGGCGUACGGAAGCUAUCCCCGUGAGCCGAUUCUCUCCCGACCUGCAGGCCGAAGUGAUCCGCAAAGGAUCACGCUCCCGUUCGCGCAUGAAGGACGCAGAGGGUGGUUCCGACACAUUUGACACUCCGCCGCUCGCUCCAUCGGAUGAGGUCGUCACCGAUAGACUGCGUGCAGACCCCGAUCUGGCAUCCUCCGCACCUACAUCUGUCCUCACAGUUCUACUUGCAGCUGCCGAGUGUGGUUUUGCCAAAGCACAAGAGGCAGCCCUGUAUUGUCUCUCAGAGAUCACACGCGACGAGCCGGAAGCAUCGUUGCGCCUGUUUCACUGCACCGCACCAUCCGGCAUGUUCCCGACCUCCGUCCUGCUGAGCUUGCGCCAGACGAGCAACGCUAACGUCCGACUAGCUGCAUUCGGCUGUCUCGCCAACAUUGUCAAGGUCCAUCCGUUCACUGCCAAGACGAAUCAGUGCGUGCUGGAGGUGCUGAUGGAGCUGCUGGAUUACACGCCUGCCGGUCUGCCAGCGGCAGGAUCGACGGUACCAUCAUCGCAACUUCAAGGAUCGAGUCAGGUGGAAAUCCAAAUUCAAGCCGCAUUUGCGAUCGCUCGACUGGUCGCCGACAAUGUCACCUUGCAGACCUUGGCGACGGAAAGCUACAAUGCAUUGCAAAAGCUGACUCAGCUGCUCGAUCAGGCUUGUAACCGCAGUCAAGCGCCCAGUGGUGCUAAAGCGGAACGUGCAAAUGUGUCGACGACUAUCCUGGGAAGCAUUGCGGUCAGCACACGGCGCAAUGACACUACAGUUGGCGUUGCACCACCUACCAUCGAUGAAUCUGCCAUCCGGCUACGCGAAGCGUGUCUGACAGCUCUGGCAGCUCUGACGUUCCAGCAUGAUGAACCGCGUCGAAAACUGAUCGAUACCGUGCAGCCACCUGUGCUCGCCAUGGUUGUUUCGAGUAUAUCCUAUCCGGCGUUGGGUGUCAGGGUGGCUGCGUGCAGAUUGAGUCGAGCUCUAUCUCGCAGUCUUUCCAUCCUGCGCACCUCGAUUGUGGAUGCUGGGGUGGCGCCAAAGUUGGUGGCGUUGCUGCAGGAUCCGGAGGAAGAGGAGGUGGUCAAAGUAGAAGCUACGGCUGCGAUCUGCAAUCUCGUUUUGGAUUUCAGCCCGAUGAAGAAGCUGAUGCAGGAGUUGGGUGGAGUGGACAGUCUGGUGGAGCUCGCUCACGGUGGUGGACAGAAACAGGACGAGGAGAAGGGGUAUACGUUACAAGCAGCAGCUACCUUGCCUGUCAGCUCUUCCAACAGCACUGGCAAGACGCAUCGGGGUGGCACGCAUCUGUCCGGAUCUCAGCAAUUGCGAUUGCAUGCGUUAUGGGCGUUGAAGAACCUACUCUCGCACUCGGACACAGCGCUCAAGACAGCCGUGAUGGCGAAAUUGGAUUUUGGCUUCAUCGGUACGCUUUGUGAAUCGGGUUGCGAGAUGGCGUUCAAAGAGCAAGCGCUCAACAUCCUGCGCAAUGCGGCGGCGACCAAGGAAUCCGACGUGAGCUUUGUGGUGGAUGGAAUGGGCGGUGGGACGCGACUCAUGUCGAUCUUGGAACAGUGUAUCUGGCAAGGUCGAUCGGCGGGCGAGCCGGGAGCAGCGGUGAUCGAACAAGCCGCGUUCGUGCUCGUUAACCUCGCUACAGGCACGGAGCAGCAUAGGCAACUGAUCCUCCGAUCGCCCAAUGUGAUGGAUGCGCUCGGGUUUUUCUGCAAUCAUCCCUGGAAGGACAUUCGCGUUGCCGCGGCGAGGUGUAUUGGCAAUCUCUUGUCCAGGUCCAGAUCGGCGGCAGUCGCACCAAGUCAAGUGACCGCACCGGUGCAUGCCGCCAAUUCCGACACGUUUCCCGACGUGCUUUCCGAAGCCAAGGCUCGCCUCGCUAGUUUCGGCCUCGACGUCAAGAUCAGCCAACUCGCCCAGUCCGAUAUCGAACUCGAUGUCAGAGAAAGGGCAAAGUCGGCUCUCAACAAGCUCGGCAUGGAUACAAAGUCCACCGUGUCGUAA